AUGGGUCUCACACCAGUGCACUUCUUCUCACACGGCUCGACAAUGAUGCUGGGCGAAGAGUCCACAUCGGGCGACUACUGGAAGAAAUGCGGCGACGAAGCGCUCGCCAACAACAUCAAAGGCGUAAUCAUAAUGGGGGCCCACUGGGACGCAACAGGGGACGCAAUUGAAGUCUCCAUGAAUCCCACACCAGGAAAGUCCCCCGUAGCAUACGUCCACCCAUCCAAAUACGUCGACUAUAGACUCGAACCGGAUCUCAAGAACGGCGAACGGGUCCUGAAGACGUUGGAAUCAGCGGGCUUCAAUGUGCGGCCGAACGAUAAAUUCGAGUGGAUCCACGAUACGUUCUUGAUUCUCAUUAGGAUGUUUCCGAAUGGGUGUCCUCCAACCACGAUCAUCUCCAUGAACGCCCGUUUCGACCCUCACUUCCACAUGCGAGUCGGGAGCACGAUUCGUCCUUUCCGCAAGGAAGGGUACCUCGUCGUUGGCACGGGCGGCGCUGUCCACAAUCUCUAUCGGAAUGUGUGGUGGCCGAUGUUGAUGUACCGUAAUAACUUCGCGCAGCCUACACCACCUGAAGGCUGGUCGCUGGAGUUCAGACAGAGCGUUGAGGAUGUGAUGAGCAACAACCGGGGUCCGGCGCUGAGGAGGGCGAUCACGAGGCUGAUGAAGCAUCCGCAGUACAGAGAUGCUCAUGCUACUGAUGACCAUUUCAUGGCGGCCUGUUUUGUUGCGGGAGCAGCGGGGGAUUGGGAAGAUGAGAAGGAGGAGAAGGGGCGGUUGGGUGCUGAGACGUGGGAGUUGACGAAUAUGUGUAAUAGUCAGUUUACGAUUGGGAGUUGGGGGAGGGCUGUGGCGGCUCAUUGA